CUUUCUUCCUGUUUUACUUAGUUUACAAAAAAACACCAAAAAUAUCUCUUUUCUAUAAGCCAGAUGCAGUCUCUCUCAAAAACUUUAGGAGGUGCUAUUGUUCGUAAUAGUACGAGAUUAUCUUACAGACAAUCUCGGGUUCCCCAAAGACGUUGUUACGUGUCAGAACCUUCCACGACCACUGUUGCUGUAAAGAAAUUAACAAAAUGGUCGAUAUUGAAAAAUAGUGCUAAAUUGGGUCUCGUAGCUGGUAUUGCUUAUGGAUGCUAUGAAAUGUAUGUUCAGCGUCAUCCACACGUGCAAAAUGAAAUGGAUCCGGAAAAAAAGACAAUUGUAAUUUUAGGUAGUGGUUGGGCAAGCACUUCGUUUUUGAAGGAUAUCGACACUGAUGAUUACAAUGUGGUUGUUGUUUCCCCUCGUAAUUACUUUCUUUUUACUCCCUUACUUCCUGAAACUACAGUCGGUACUAUUGAUAUCCGAUCAGUGAUUGAACCAACACGUUUCAUUGCUCGUCACAAGUCUAGAACAGUUAAUGUUAUUGAAGCCGAGUGCACACAGAUUGAUCCUGAAAAAAAGCUUAUUACCAUUGCAGAUAAUUCUGAUGUCAAAGGGAAUCAUGCCACAAGUACAUUGUCCUACGAUUACUUAGUUGUUGGAAUUGGUGCUAUGAGUGCAACAUUCGGUGUAAAGGGUGUAGAAGAAUAUGGUUGUUUUCUAAAGGAGGUUUGGGAUGCUCAAAAGAUUAGAACAAAAUUAAUGGAUUGUAUUGAGACUGCUGCAUUUCCUAACCAAACCCCAGAAGAAAUCGAUCGUCUAUUACACAUGGUUGUGGUGGGUGGCGGUCCUACGGGUAUAGAAUAUGCUGCCGAGCUUCAUGAUUUUCUCGUAGAUGAUUUAACUGCGUGGUAUCCCGAGUUGGCUGGGAAGGUGAAGAUUACUUUAAUUGAAGCUCUUCCGAACGUGCUACCUGCUUUUUCCAAAAAAUUGAUCGACUAUACCGAAUCUACUUUUAAGGAACAAAACAUUUCUAUUCAUACACAAACAAUGGUCAGAGAGGUUCGUGAAAAAGAUAUUGAAGUCAAGCGCCCUGAUGGUACUGUGGAUAAUAUUCCUUAUGGUCUCUUAGUCUGGGCAACGGGUAAUACAGCUCGACCCUUAAUUCGCGAUUUAAUGCAAAAGUUCCCUGAAACACAACUAGUCCGUCGUGGUCUUGCCGUAGAUGAAUGGUUGCGCCUUGAUGGUUCUCAAGACAUAUAUGCGUUAGGUGAUGCCACUGCUACGAGAUAUGCCCCAACUGCUCAAGUUGCUGCUCAGCAAGGUAAAUAUCUUGCUCGUCUUUUUAAGCAAUUGGCCAACCGCGAUGCACUUGAGCUUGAGCUUGAAGAUGCUUCUGAUGAAGAAAAAGUUAAAAAAGAACGUAAAUUACGAAAGAUUAAAGAUAUCAGGCCUUUCCAGUAUUCACAUCAAGGCUCCCUUUGCUAUAUUGGUUCUGACAAGGCUGUUGCUGAUUUGCCUUUCGGUCCGGGUGGUAACCUUGCUUCAGGCGGUGUUGCUACGUUCGCUUUCUGGAGAUCUGCAUAUAUUUCAAGUCUCUUUUCUACCCGUAACCGGGCUUUGGUUAUUACAGAUUGGUUAAAAAAGACUGCAUUGGGUCGUGAUAUUUCCAGAGAAUAACUCAGAACAGUUUAAGCUUCACCAGUCAUAAUCAUAUUCCAACCCUUACCAUAUUUAUGUAUCACUCAUUUUUUCAAAUAAAUACCAACUCAAACACUCGAUAUUACCCACGAUAUAAUGACUAAUUACAAUUGGCCCUGAUCCAGUUGUAGCU